AUGGCGUUGGGUAAGUAUUCUGGCCACAAGGUUGUGCUCAUAAAUCUAUCAGAGCAGACUGACAUGAUGGAUUUGCUGGGAUCGGAUUUACCUGUUGAAAGCGAUGAAGACAUGAAGUUUGCAUGGUCUGAUGGAAUUAUCUUGCAGGCUCUAAAGGAAGGCUCCUGGGUUUUGUUAGAUGAACUGAACCUUGCUCCGCAAUCUGUUCUAGAGGGGUUGAAUGCCAUUUUGGAUCAUCGUGCUCAAGUCUUCAUCCCAGAACUGGGCUGUACNUUUGAGUGUCCCCCGACAUUUAGAGUUUUUGCAUGUCAGAAUCCUUCUUCUCAAGGUGGUGGCAGGAAAGGUCUUCCCAAGUCUUUCCUUAACCGAUUCACAAAAGUUUAUGUGGACGAGCUAGUGGAGGAUGAUUACCUCUUCAUCUGUCGCUCGCUUCACCCAUCAAUUCCCAGUUCAUUGCUUUCAAAGCUUAUUGCUUUCAAUAGACAGUUACAUGAUGGCACUAUGGUAUAUCGAAAAUUCGGUCACGAUGGCUCACCGUGGGAGUUCAAUCUACGUGACGUGAUAAGAUCAUGCCAGUUUAUGCAAGGGGAAAUAAAUAACGUAGAAGUUGAAAGCUUUCUCAACGUUCUCUAUGUUCAAAGAAUGCGUACAGCAACUGACCGCAAAGAAGUUCUGAGUAUCUGUAAGGCUAUUUUUGAUAACACCCCUUGUAUAAAUCCAUAUCCGCGGGUUCAGCUAAAUCCUGGAUACUUAGUUGUGGGAACUGCUGCUAUCAAACGAAACUUCACUCAGUCUAAUAUUUCCAGAGAGCAGUUGAAGAUUUUGCCCGAGAUCCGUCAAAAUCUGGAAGCUGUUGCUCAUUGUGUGCAGAAUAAAUGGUUGUGCAUCCUAGUAGGACAUUCGUCUUCUGGAAAGACUUCAGUGAUCAGAUUAUUAGCUCAGUUAACAGGAUAUCCUCUUAAUGAAUUAAAUCUUUCAUCGGCGACUGACAGCUCUGAUCUACUUGGAUGCUUUGAGCAGUACAAUGCGUUCCGUAAUUUCAGUCAGCAAAAUUUGAAUGAGUGA